AAAUGUGAUAUAUCAAUUCGUACGUAGUCAGCCAUGAGCCGUUUCCUCGUCCAGACGGAAGUUUCUUCUUCUAUCCAAGGACUGAAUUGUCAACACGUGCCCUAGAACGGAGUUAAUAAGGUGAUUUUUGCAAUAACUCUUCUUGAGUUAACAUCUUAUACAUAUACAAGACCAGUUCAUCAGAUAGAAGAUGGAGAUAAUAGAAACUCCACAUGAAGUAAUAAGUGCUCAAUGCUAUUUUUUUUAAGAUAUAUUUUUAAUAUAAAUUUCCUUGAAAGAAUAGCAUCGUUGAGCCUUGUUGUCAAAUUAUUAAAUUAAUUUCAAAAGAGAAAUAUGUUUCGUAUAAAAACAGUAUUGGUAAGCUAAAUAAGCAAUCAAUUUAGUAAGCAAAAAUUACCAAAAUUAAUCAAAAUUAUUUGUAUUUUAUAGGUAUUUUGGUCUCAAGGAGCGAUAUAUUUUGAUAUAUUUUGAGUAUCGCUAACAUCUUCGAAAACACAUACGUUAUGCAACACAGAAGCAGUUGUUUUUCACAACACGUCAUAUGAAAAAUGCUUUCUUGACAACUCAAACAUGUUAGCAAUCUAUUCGCUGUUUUGAGAACCCUUAAACAAUAGACCUAAUUGCAAAGAUCUAUAGCACAAGUACUUUGCAAUGCUAUUCCAAAUACUUUAAUGAGAUGCCAAGGUAGAUAAACAACAGAGAUCUCAGACUCAUUCAACCAUUCCAAAAUACUUCCUUCGUUGUUAUGUAUCCCCAAGCUCCCCGGCCCAAGCUAUUUUUCCUGAUAAUGUUGUUUUGGUCACUCUCACAAAUGACUGAGUGAGAGCAUUGGGUCUCCAAUAAUUCAAAAUUAGGGUCUUUCGCAGCCAUUAGAUCACAACACACUGCCCUAUUAACUUCAACGGUUUAUUCAAGCUGAUUGAUCUCCAAAACACUUCCAAAACAACGACCCAAACCAUCUCAAAGCACGUACUACACCACCGUGUUAACCCCUUUUAUCACCUAACACCAUCUCAAGUUACGUCCAGCGUGUACCUCCUCCCACUGUAAAACUGCUCGCAUUCCGACCUAGCUUCACCGCUGUACCGGCUGAACCCGAACCUCUGCAACGACCUUGCCAUGUUCGCAUGUUUGUUACCAACAGUCCACCCUUUGUCCCAAGCAUUUUGCCGACGUCAGCGGAAACCCAUUUCUCGAAAGAGAGGUAUGCGCCACUCAACGGCACACGCCACAGACGGCCCCACUUCAACAACAGUGGCUGGCGCUGACGCUUUAGUUCACGAUGAAGUGUCGCAUCUUUUGCGCGGUACUGCUAGGUACGCUCCUAGCACCUUUCGUCCACUCGUGGGACCUACGCACGAUUGGGAUCGAUCGGUUCCGCGUGCGGCACGUUUCACUGUACCACUCGAGGGCGUUCCUAACGAUUGAGUCAUCGAACGUGUCGCUGGUGGAAGCGAGCUGGCCCGAAACCGUCGGCUACCAGUGGUCGCGCGUGCUCUCAACCGACGGCGAUGAACGAGGAUCGUGCCGCGGGUUGACGAACGUGCUGGGCACUGAUAUCGAUCGGUUGGCACGGCUGUGGGUGCUGUGUGGCGCUGGGGAUAACGCCUGCCCCCCGAAGCUGGUCAUCCGUAGCUUGCUGAGUCCGGGCACGGGUGAGAUUCAGCACCGAUUUCCCACAGCUGACGCUGACCAACAACGGUUCCAUGCGAUCGUGGUCGACCCGGUACCGUCAAGCGACGGUGACACACGUGCGUUCAUCACGCUGUUCGAUCAGGACUACGUGCUGCUGUACUCGCUGUUCAAACGCUCCAUCGGCAAGCUACAAUUUCAAAAAAGCGACCAAACCUCACUGCAUCCGAUCUCACUGUCCGAGGUAACGGUCAACCUGAACCGGCUGUACGUGGCCGACACGGUGAGCGAUCGGCUAUUUGCCCUGCCCAUCCGGAACCUGCGCCAGCUCGCCUUCCCGGAGGACGGUGUGCGGAAGAUUAUCAUGAAAACGAACGUCACCUAUCUCGGGCGGCUGCUCGGGCGGCCCGCCGGGCUGACUCUGGAUUUCCGCAACAAUUUGCUGUAUGUGCUGCAACGUGACGGUGCGAUCGUGAAGUGGACGCCGGGCCGCUCGCUGAAGGCCGAAAACCAUCGCGUCAUUCUCCAGCAGGGCACGAACAUUACGCAGAUCAUUCUUGGAAUUGGUGGCAAAGCGUGGGCUGUGUCCGGGGAGUACAUAUCCGAGGCGUCCAGGCGGCACUGUCUGAAGAUCGUUGUUUAGGAAGACUGCUGUCGAAAAAAGGGAAAGAAAACUGUGAUAAAGGGUAAAUAAAGAGUGUUUGUAGAUUAAACAGAUGUGCCAGAAGAAAUUGGAACCUUCCUGGAGCAACCUGAUAUAGAGCAAAACAAAACUUGCUGAAAUAAUCCGCAUUUUAUAGCAACAUUGCCAACACGUGCACGACCGGGUUCGAUGACGCCUUUUUGGUGGUGAGACAAGUUUUUUGUUGUUGUUGUUUUGCUGGCGAGGCAAACAUCCUUCCACAAUGAUUCCCUGAACUUGACCAUGGCUCGACGAGGGUAAACACGCAACCAACGAUGUCCGUGAUGUCCGUUACGGUGAAAUUGAAAUUCGCUAACCGUACUCUAAAUCCUUACGAUUGCCCAGUGCGAAACGGCAAUGGAGAGCCGAAGGAGGGGUUGUGAAGGUACACGCCGGGUUCGUUCGUGCAGAAAACUUGUUUUAAUGCCUUUUCAUUAACCAGCCGAGGCAAUGCGUCUGGCACUAGCGGCUCUAUCGUAUAGAGAUGGCAUCUGAACUACCGUAACUGGUAGCAAGCAUAUCAGUUACUUUUUGCUGAAAGCAGUAACUAAUCACAAAACAUCAGAGGUGCAAAGUUGAAAUUGGUUGACGUAUUCUUCAGUUUAAUCGUCACAUUUUUUACAGUGACAACUCUUUCCUCUUCAAGUUGGCUCAAAAGAUCUCAACUGUGGCAAGCUAGGGGUUAGCUACGGGUUAUGCUCGGGUACUACCAAAAUGCCAACCUCCACAACGACCACCAUGCUAUCCUAUUCACCCGGAACUGAUGUCUUUUCCUGGACAGUAUCUUCAAUCGUUGUUCUGUUGAAUCUUUCAGUUGCUAAAAACGAUCUGUCAACCGGUUCUUUGGCCAUAGCUGAAAAGUUGAAGCUUGUUUGCAGGGUUAUCAGUUGUUUGGUCACCAUUUUCAUCCAAUUAUACGUCGUUUCCUCCAAGUUGGCAUAUAACUUCUUAAUCGGGUGAAACGGUUGCAUAUUGGCAGGGUUAGUAUGGUUGGACACUAAUCCUCUUAAAAUGCUUGUCUCCCACAAAGUUCAUCGUGUUCCUCGUUAAUCUCUUGGACAAGAAUCUUCUAUAAAUCAUUCUGAGCUACUGGGCUUGGUUCUCCGAUCUGCUCAAUGAACCUUUAGUUUCUUAAUAAAAUAUAGAAUUUUAUAGAUGUUUCUGGUAUUAAAUUUGCCACAAAAUAGCCAUGCCGAUCGCUUCUUUGGUGUGGAUGAAGCAGGAUCAGGAAGCAUUACUCUUAACCAUUUAAUGUAACUAGUUCCUGGAAUUCUAAAUAUGUAAUUUCUUUAAAGCAUUUGCCUCAUUUUCAAUCCGACAACCGACAACUACUGGUGAUUACGUACUGUAACCAGUUACUCAUGACAAAGUAACCGAAUACCUUUGGUUAUUUUUCAUCUCCAAAACUUCCCAUCUCUACCAUGUUGACCCCGUUGUUCAACAAAUUUCGAAUGGUUGCCGCUUUACGAGUGCCGCUAUUAAGAUGCUGCAUGAUAGUGUGUUUUUUUCUUCUGGCAAGCACUUGCGGUUUGCGAAUUCCAUGAAAGCCAUCAAUGGAUCUGUUUUGGCAGAGAUUAAACGAUCUGCAAUAAAUUAUGCAUUAACUUUUUUUGUUUUUGAGUCUGCCGAAAAGACCUCGAAAUAAACUUUACUAUCUGCUCUU